AUGAAGCUCCCGACGGACAAGGACUUCUCCUACGCGAUGACUGCGCUGAGGAUCGUCUCGAGGCCUGUGGGCACGUGGCCCCUUCAGACGUACAGCUUCUCGUCCGGCUUGCGGUCCGCCAUCGUUAUUGUGCUUCUGAUGCUGACGAUGCUGAUCGUUCAAGUAGAAAUCUAUCUGGAUUACGGGAACGCGGAGAAGACCUUGAACGGUCUGGUGAUACUCGCUUGCAGUCUCCUGGCAGUGCUAAAAGUGGGUUGCUUCCGGCUGUACCCCACAGGACUGAUCGCCAACUUCGUCUCAGCAGUGCAAGACUACCAGCAGCUGAACGGAGAAGAAAAGCGAGCAAUCGUGAAACGUCACGCCUACAUGGGGCGCAUGUCGUCUGCCAGCAUGAUAUUCUUCUCGUACUUCAGCGCGUCGCUGUUCACGCUAGCGCCUAUGUUCACCGGAAACGACGCGGCGCAGGGUGCAAACUCGACGCUGGGGAAACGCCUGGACUAUCCCGUACCCAGCGAGUACACCCUGCAGCUUCUGCGAGCGCCGGAAAACCUGUUCGCGGUGAUAUACUUCGGGGAGUACUUCCUGUUGCUGGUGACGGCCAUCGGAAACCUCGGUAGUGACUCGUUGUUCUUCGGCAUCGUCUUCCACCUGUGCGGUCAAGUGGAGGUGUUGAAGCUGGACUUCAGCAGAUUCCUCGACGACGAGGAGAACAGGACCGAUCGUUUCAGCUCUCUGAUCAAGAGGCAUCAUCACCUGUUGAAACUGUUCCAGUACCUAAACGACACUAUCGGCUCGAUCAUGGUCAUUCAACUAUUCACGAGCUGCUUGUUGAUCUGUACUAGCGGCUUCCAGUUCAUUCUGUCUCUGAACGUCAACAACCUCGUGAUGGUGAUGAAGACGUUCAUAGUGAUGGCUACCUUGCUGGGGCAGCUGUUCGCCUACAGCCUCGUCGGCGAGUACUCGAAGAACCAAUUCGAAGGCAUCGGACAGCUCGCCUAUUGCAGCAGCUGGUACAACGCGCCACCUAACCUGACGAGGGACAUCAUGUUCCUCCUGAUGAAGACCCAGUACCCUGUGCAUUUGAAGGCUGGCAGGUUCUUCGUCAUUAACAUGGAGACGUACACGAGUAUCCUGAGGACUUCGAUGUCCUACCUGUCGGUCCUCCGCGUAAUGGUUACCGCGUAA